AUGCCUGGCCCCAAACCCAAGCUCGAGGUCGCCACACCCGUCACCAGCAACUUCCCCUCGGAAAUCACCUCUGCCGCCUCUGCCACUACGGCGACGCCGCUCUCCGGCCUGCUUGGCGUAUCGUUCAAGGCGGAACCGGACUUCAUCAAGACGCCCAUCAGCCCGCCGCUGGCUUACACCGAUUUCCUUUCCAAGGCCAUGUCUCUCAACUCCCCCUCCGUGACCGCUCCCAUGGCCGCUCCCGCUCCCGAAACGACGGCACCCGCGUCUGCGUCCGCCACCAUCGCGAGCGAAAAGGCCGAUGACAGCGGCGCCAGCAGCGACGACAGCACCAGCAGCGCCAGCGUCAAGGAUGAGCAGUCGCCAUCAACAUCACCAGCUACCUCGGCCGCCAGCAGCAGCAAGCCCUCACCGCCCGUCUCCGCCAAGACGCCAUCUGCUUCGGAAAAGGCUUCGGCCGUCGAGCGAGCGCUGGCGUCCGCUUCUGCCUCUCUCGUGCCCCCGAGCCCCUUCUCCAAGGCGCCCAUGUCGGCCCCGGCCACGGGCCCAACUUCGUUUCCCAGCUUCAAGCUGCCCCCGAGCCCCGCCAUCUCCAACCUCGACUCGCCCAUGAGCGCCGUCAGCUCCAUGUUCUCACCGUACAGCGGCCGCUCCUCCCACUCCGUCUUUGACUGGGAUGCCGCCCUCAAGGCGCACUAUGCCGAUCAGAAGCGAAAGUCGGCGCGUACCAGCGUCCGCCACAUUCGCGAGGUCGUGACGAGGACCGUCACCUACACCCCACGUAUGGAGCCGGCCCCCCGCGGCAAGAGACGCAAGGUUGAAUAA